AUGGAAGAAACACAAAAAGGAACGCGCAUAGGGCCGCUGCCUGGGGGUCGCCGGGGCGCGUCUGGAGCUGGCACUGGACGCGGCAGCAUGCGGGCCGCCAGCCGAGCGCGAGGAGCUGCACGAUCACCUAACAGCCCCUCGCAUCCAUCAUCCCCACCAGAAGGCUUGGUGUCGGCUGGGUCUUCUCGGACCCAGCAAGCGGCACCCGCCGCUGGUGGAGCACGUCGCAUGCGUUGGACAAAAUUCAUGAACGAAAACGCAUUGCGGGCGUACUAUAGGGCGAAAGGGGAAGAAACUGUGGGAAUAGCGUAUAGGUCUCGGAUGCAUCGCUUUUUUGCUGAGCUGGAGCCGUAUAUCCCCGUCACGGAACAAAACCUGGCAGACCGAGUUCGGUACAUCAUGCGCUCGAAAAUAUUUGAUGACGCCGAACUCGAACGACUACGACGUGAGGCUAUUCCGUCGUCGAAUGAAUCGGCUACGGCUGGAGAUGCAGCGCCACAUUCGACAGACCAGCAUCCACACGUGGAAACCGCCAUGGAUCUUCCAGUUGUGGUUGAUUCGAACGACGAUGGAAUAGUCUCCCACGAACUAGAGCAAAUGAGGAGCAUAUUGGAAGAGGCGAUUCUGGAAACGCGCAGCACCCCUCUCGAAAAUCGACCGCGACUUCCCCGCAUACCCUUAAGCAAGCGAAAUCGGGCUGUCGUGAGGGCUCUUAACCCAAUGCUGGUGACCUAUUUGGAAGCCAGCCGGGACCUUUGCGAGACGGACUCGAUUCUCUUUGGCGCCGCAGUGGCAGUUUGCCGUAUCAUUGGCGCCAAACUUCCCAUGGCUGGACGCGCUACUACACAAAGUAGCGCCAUCCCAGCCUGGAGAAAAAGAAUCGAGGACCGUAUCGCAAAGGCAAGGGCCCUUAUCGGCAGACUGACAAGCUUCAGGUCGGGUAAUAACAGACCGAGGAUUAUGCGCACCGUUAGAAUGGCGUUUGCUGGGACAAAUAUCAGUUUGUCCCAGCCGGAUAUCACGCAGAAACUAACGGAGCGCAUAGACGACCUGAAGCAAAAGAUCGCUGCUUGGGGGAAGCGGAUUCGACGAUUUUCCGAAGGGUCAAGGCGGUUCAACCAGAAUCGUCUCUUCCAGAGUGAUCAGAAGAGGCUCUAUAAAUUAUUGGAGCGACCAAAGGUAUGUGGAGCGGGCCAAGGACCGGAUCAGGCUGACAUUAUCGCAUUCUGGCGUGGCCUGUGGUCAGAGCCCGUAAACCACAGCGAGGGCCCUUGGAUGGAAGUUGUGGCGAGCCAGGGUGCGAGUGUUACGCCUAUGGACCCCAUCACCAUAACGCCAGAAGACGUGGCUGAGGCGGUCCGUAGGGCCCCGAACUGGAAAAGUCCGGGGCUCGACGGGCUGCAUCAUUACUGGCUGAAGGGGAAACCAGGAGUACGUAGAAGACCACUUGAUGUUGCUGUGGAUGAGCGUAUCUUGGCGGCUUUUGACGAUGAUCCCACUAUAAGCAUUAGAAAAGUAGCGACUGAACUCGGCCUUUCUGUAUGGAAAGUGUGGUCGGUUCUCCGCAACGAUUGCAAGCCUCACCCCAGUGCAAGUAUAAGUGCGAUUAACGCCUACCAAUUUGCAUUCAGCAACUUUGCAGUUAAGUGUAUUUUGUUGCAAACCUCAGUGAUAAACAAUAGUAUAAUGUCUACCGACAACAAUGAUUGGGGAUGCUGUGGUGAUAACCCUGACACAGAAGAGUACAUUAAGUGCCAGAAAUGCUCAAAAAAGUUUCAUGUGGCCUGUCUCAGCUCUCCCUCCAUAAUAAAACCUAGUGAGUUUUCGACAUGGGAAUGUCCUCUGUGUACCAGCCUACGACCCAAAACUGGGCAUAACGAUAACACGCCGGUGCGAUUUAACCCUAAUGUCACGGUACGGGCUUCUAAAAGACAGGCAUUGCAGUCACCUCCAAUAAUAGGAGCGUCGGCUGAUGAAGUUAGAGGCAUCAUGCAGGAGUAUUGGCAUAUUCCUCGUCUUAGGACAAUUUCAAGAGAAAUAUAUCAAGUACAGAGUAUUUUUAACAUUUUAAAAGAUAUUGAUGAAUCAUUAGAAAAAUCUGACGUAGAAAGAAUAAAAAAAAAAACAGGGAAACAACAAAAAGCUAGCAGUAUUGUUGUGGAAAGUGAAGAGUCACAACAAAUUGUAGGGGAUGAUGUCAUAGAUAAACAUAAGGCUGCGUUUAAAUCUCUUAAACUAAAGACAGAUACUCCAAAGCUUGAGUGCAUGUCGUGUGAUUAA